GAAUUUUAAUUUUUUAGUGAAAAUGUUGCGUGUCUCAACAGCGACAUCGAAAAUUCUUAAAACUCCAAAUUUUGUUCCAGCGGCCUUCUAUUCUGCAGCUACCUUAGAUCCUCAUGAGCAGAUUAAAGAUGCAGACAAGCCAAUGAGUCAACAAAUGAAUCCUUCGUUCUAUAAAAUGGUCGAUCAUUAUUUCGAUAGGGGUGCUGCAGUUAUUGAGCCUAAGCUGGUUGAUGAAUUCCAUUCGCAGGGAAAAUCUUUGGAGGAGAAAAAGAAUUUUGUUCGGGGAAUUCUUUCGGCUAUUAAGCCUGUUAAUAAGGUUCUUCAUGUGGCGUUUCCUAUUCGACGUGAUAAUGGAAAUUAUGAAAUUAUUGAAGCUUGGAGAGCCCAUCAUUCAGAGCAUCGAACACCAACAAAGGGAGGGAUUAGAUAUUCCUCAGAUGUUUGUGAGGAUGAGGUAAAAGCCCUCUCUGCUUUGAUGACUUAUAAAUGUGCAGUUGUGGACGUUCCUUUUGGUGGGGCGAAGGGAGGUGUCAAAAUUGAUCCUCGCAAAUAUUCUGAAUAUGAGAUUGAAAAGAUUACCCGACGUAUUGCUAUUGAAUUCUCCAAAAAAGGCUUUCUAGGCCCAGGAAUUGAUGUCCCUGCGCCAGAUAUGGGUACAGGGGAACGAGAAAUGGCGUGGUUUGCAGAUACUUAUCAUCAAACUACUGGACAUUUGGAUAAAGAUUCCUCUGCCUGCAUUACUGGUAAACCAAUCGUUGCGGGUGGUAUUCAUGGCCGAAUUUCUGCAACUGGCCGGGGUAUUUGGAAAGGAUUGGCUGUAUUCAUAAAUGAUCCAGAAUAUAUGGGGAAGCUUGGUUUAACUACUGGAUUUAAGGACAAAACAUUUAUUGUUCAAGGAUUUGGUAAUGUUGGGCUCCAUACUCAUCGUUAUUUACAUAGAGAUGGAGCUAAAUGUAUUGGUGUUCAAGAAUAUGAUUGCUCAAUUUAUAAUCCAAAUGGAAUUCAUCCAAAAGAAUUGGAAGAUUGGACAAUUGCGAACGGAACAAUUAAAGGAUUUCCUGGAGCAAAAUCUUUUGAGCCGUUUACGGAUUUGAUGUUUGAAAAAUGUGAUAUUCUUGUGCCAGCUGCUUGUGAGAAAACUAUUCAUUUGGGGAAUGCACACAGAAUUCAAGCAAAGAUUGUUGCUGAAGCUGCUAAUGGGCCAACUACACCUGCUGCUGAUCGUGUUCUUCUGGAACGUGGAAAUUGUCUAAUAGUUCCAGAUAUGUUUAUCAAUAGCGGUGGUGUUACUGUCUCAUUUUUUGAAUGGCUCAAAAAUUUGAAUCACGUUAGCUAUGGACGAUUGACAUUCAAAUAUGAACAUGACUCCAAUUAUUUGUUGUUAGAUUCUGUUCAGAAGUCUUUAGAGAAAGCACUUGGUCGUGAGAUUCCAAUUAUGCCGUCAGAAUUUUUUAAAGCUAGAAUUCACGGUGCAAGUGAGAAGGAUAUCGUUCAUUCGGGUCUUGAAUACACGAUGAAUCGAUCGGCAUUCAAAAUUAUCGAGACGGCUAAGAAAUAUAGAUUAGGUUUGGAUUUGCGCACUGCGGCAUAUGCUAAUGCUAUUGAGAAAGUUUAUCAAACUUAUCGGAUCUCAGGCUUUGCUCUAACCUAA